AUGGAACAACUCACCUUGAGACCGCGCACUCCCGUGGAGGGCGCCGAAGUCGAGAACUGGGAAGACGACUUUGACAACUUGGAAGAAGUACAUUUUCGCACUGCUUCGACCGCAACUUCAAUCGUCUCACUGCCUCAGAAUAACCACCGCGAUUCUGCAUCCUCUCGUCUGUCGAUGCGAUCAGAAUCUAAUCAGGGAGAUGAGAAUUGGGACGUCUUGGUCGAUGAACAAGCUUCGAUAAAAGACGCAAUAGCGAUUGCAAAAAGCAAAGGAAUACCACUGCCAACGAAUGUGCCUCGUUCUGCCCUGGAAGGUGGCACCAUAAGAAGAUUGAAGGGCAAAGAGAUCAAGAAGGCGAUUGCGGAUGACUGGUCAGAAGAUUUAGAUUUGCCAGGAGCUGAAAUCCCUCUCAAGCUUGCAAAGCACGACGACCGUGAUUUGUCGGAUAGUUUGCGCCAGAUCAGUGCAGCUUUCAGAACCUCUCCAAAAACUCCCGAGACGAAGGAUUCGCUCGAUAAGACGAUCCGAUCACCGAAGUCUCGGACAGCACCGACGCCCAUCACUCUUGAUGCCUUUCGUGACACCGAAGACGAUGCAGAUUUUGCUGAUGUUGGUACGAUAAAGGUUGCGAAGCAAAGGUCGCCAGAGAAGCCUCUUUUAUUUCAGCAGCCUCCGACGCCAGUAAAGCUAGAAAUGGAAAACGCCGAGGAUGACCUCGAAAUACCCGCCGACGGACAACUCAAACUUUCGACCAGGAAACCAGCACCUCAAACACCGCAGCAGGUCGAAGACUUCGAUCUCGAAUGGGCUGAAGGGAGCUUAGGUACAAGACAUGCUGGGACCAAGAGGGGAGGGCGAUCUGCUCGCAGCUCAUCCGCCUCAGCCUUCAGUCCCAGUGUGUCAAGUGCUUUCACUGCAGAGAGUGAAGAUGAAGGUCUUGAUGGUCUCAUUCUUCCAGAUGGGCCGAUCAAAUUCGACGACAAGCUCAAACAGAGACAGCAAGAGCAGCCGUCAGAGCCAGCACCCAGAAGCGUCCCAGAAGGAAAGCUAUCUCUAAAGAGCGCAUUUGGCCAGGAAGACUUCUUCUCUGGUCUUGAAAUUGGCGACGGAGAAGUAUUCGACGCUGCCAAAUUGACGUUGAAUCGUAACGUCAAGCACAAGAGUACACGGCCCGCUAGUCCGACCAAAAGGACUGCUACGACACUCAACUUCACGAGUAGCAAAACUCAAGGGACAAUUUCAAGGUUGCCUAGAUUUCAACCCACCCAUGACCGACAUGACCGUGCCCGAUCAAACCUGGAACCUGUCUCGGAGACUGGAGCAGCUAUUUCGACUUAUCAGCGACCAAACUCACGGCUUGGAAACCACUCCACCCACUCGUCUGUUUCGGCCAUCCCCACACAUUCAACUCCGUCCACGCCAUCAACGCCCAGCAGACGACUUCUCCGUGGUGCUGAGUCCCGGCCAGACUUACGGCAUGAACAACCAACUACGACGAACGCACUACUUCUGCGCGCAAAGAGAUCGAUGCCAGUCCUGCGCAAUCUGAAUUCCCCGACUAAAGCAACGCCAUAUGUCAGACCUCCAUCAAGACAGGAGACGGGAAGCCGUCUAAAUAUACCGUCACGUCCAAAAACGCCCACUGACCGUGCCGACUCUCGAUUCGGGGAAGCUAGAAAGAGUGCCAUACCCUUCCUCCCUGCCGGAGCUUCAGCUGGACAGUCCCAGCAUAUUAGCAUCAAGUCAACAACGACUCGCCAUUACCGGGGACAAGGAUCUGAUGGCUCAGGGGACAGCAUGUCUGCAGCCCAGCGGUCUUUGUCUCGGCUUGCAGGCUUAGGCAGGCCAGAAACUCCUGGUCGUGGUCGGAGCAAUCUGACUCCCGCCGAGCUUGCUGCCCAAGCCAAGAAGACAAUUACCAAACCAACAAGACGUCGUAAUUAUGGCGAUGGGUCCGAACUGGAGGUCUUCGAUGAUCUGCCGACAUCUGCAACCAUUGAAUCGAAGUUCACCAAAACUCCCAUCGGUCGCGGUGCGCCGCGAAGUCUGAGGAGUAAGCUCGGUCUCUCCCAUCUGAAUCCUUCCACAUCUUCACUUGCCAGCACACGACGUGGUAGUGAUACCCCUGUGCCCGCCACGCCCCUUUCGCCUCUUAAGGGUGAUUUCCCCACCACAGCUGUGAACACGACAAAUGUGCCUCGGUUUGCACGCGACACUGCUGCCUCUCGCAUUGCUCGUGAACAGCGCCAGAUCUCCACGACCUUCCAGAACAUGCGGGGCGAACCACUGCAGCCGAUCUCGACCAACUGGAAAUCAACGGCGUCAACACGCAACAAUCAAGGAAGUCUGAGGAAGAAGAAGAGCGACAAAGUUCAACAAAAGCCACACCUUAUUAAGCCAAUGGGUGGUGAUAUGAACAGACCAAAGACAGAAAAAGGAAUGCAAUACAAUCCUCUGCUCUAUACAUGGGAAGGAAAUGAGAACGCUCUGGCGCCAUUUGAUGUUCCAGAUUUCCAUCCCAGAGUUGGCAGCCCCAUUGGCCAAGGUCAUGCGAGUCCUGGAACCAAAGCAAACCUGGCAUUGAUCUCUAAUGUUGGCUCCAGCGUUACUGGAGUACAGGUUGUGGGGGGAAUGGUUUUCGACCCAUCUCAGAUGCGAUGGCUCAAGAUUGCCGAAAAUGCGGAUGGCACCGCGCCGAGUCUUCGGUCUGGAAGCGUACAAGUUGAAGAGGAGGAGGAUGUCUUUGCCGGUCUCGAAGAUCUUAAAGAGGAAGAUGAAACCAGAAGUCGAAGCGGCACUCUGCAGAAUGCUUCUGGCUUUGGACACUCCAGAGAUUCGUUUGGGGACGGUGAGGCGGGUCACAGUAGUGGCGACGAAUGGGGAGUCAGCGAGGAAUUCGACGUCGGCCCCGAAUUCAUCAGAAGACAGAGGAACGAAGAAGACAGAUGGCGCAGGAAGGUGGAGAAAUGGCUAAGAAGAGGAAGAGAGGCGGAACAGGAAGAAGGUCGAGACGGGCGAGGUGGCUGGAGAUGGGCGAUUCGAGAUCUUGUCAUGGCCCAAGGCGAGGCUCAGGAAGAGUUUUAG